CACUGGCAGUGUGAACUUUGGUAACGUGCCGUAAACAAACAACAACAACCGUGCGUCGAGCUUCGGUGAAUUUUUGUCUGGUCGCUUCCCUUACCUAGAUGAUAAAAACUCUGCGAAGGUCGUCACUGGUUUAUAAAUAGUCCAGUCAGUUAAUUAAAACUUUCAUUAUCGCAAAUUUUUUCAUACAUUUAUCUUGCGAGAGCAAGGUUGUACCGUUGUAGCAUAUUGUAUAACAGUUUCGAGAAUGACCUUUUUGAAACUUCUUUCUCUAUCGUUAUUAAUCUCGUAUUGUGCGGCUGCCAAGAAUAAAUGUGACAGCGUAUCCGAUGAAUGGCGACAAGUUGACCAGCUGGACAAUUCCGGUUCAUCGCAGACCAACACCCUAAAGGUCACGACGAAAACCGGAAUCACCGGCACCACGACCAAGGGGGAGGGCGGCAGCGCGGGAAACAAAAUUACCGAAGAAUUAGGAGGAGAAGCUGGUAUCAAUUUAUUCGAAGUAUUCAAACUCGGAAUGAAUGCCAAAGGGAGCAGUGAACAGUCCAAGAGUCACGAUUGGUCACAAACUCACGCUGAUGCUGUGACCAACGAGCGCACAGUGGAAAAGACCUUCAACGUCCCAGGUGGGAAAAAGCUAAAGGUCAUGCAGCUGAUUGGCAAAUGUGACGACGUGCUGUUCAAUACGGAGGAGCUGAAACCGAUAGAGGAAGGUGAAGGCCAAGGUCCGGAACAAGCAAGCCAUCCAGGACGCCGCCGUCGUCGCAGUCCGGAUGCCGCCACCCCCGCGCCUGAAUGCCGACAUAAAAACAAUUACUGCUGGGUAGAUAAAGACUGCUGCAGCAAAGUGUGCCAGGUUGACGUUAACGGCCAGCACGGUGUAUGCGUUUAAAUUUUCAAAAAUCUAUUGCCGUUAUGGCUGUUCUGAUGAUGAGCUGCGCGAACGUAUUGACAAUUAAAAAAUUGACAAUUUAAAAAAAUGCUUCCAUGUCCCUAUAGAUUGCUGCUGUUUUUGGAACGUAAUAUUAUUAUUAUGUGGAUUCAGCUUGAGCAAGUGAACUAACUAUGCAUACUAAAUACUAUACUAAUUAGUACUGUCUUGCAGAUUUGCAUUUGUUAGCCCUUACUCAAAUACUGUUUGUAAGUGUUAUUAAUAAAGUAACGCUUAGUUGGGACUUUGGUAGCGGCGAUUAACGAGUAUCGUACCUCUUUUAUUCCUUCGCAUUCGAAAAUCGCACCCGCAUUGUCGCAGCAAACACAUCAGAUUAUUAUUAUUUUGUAAACCGAAGUUAGACGCUGCCAGGGUCCCGACUACACAAUCCAGAAUGAGUUUUGGGAACAUGAGUUCACGAUUGUUCGACAGUCCGACGGUCACUCCGACCUACCUUCGAGCUGCCGUUACUUCGUCCGCACGCGGGUUGAUGUUAGGCCGUGAUCGCUGAGAAGCUGAACCAGGAGAUUUUGAAUCUCGUAGAAUCCAGCGGAUAAAUAUCUUUUCGUUUCGGUUGCAUGAGAAAAUUGUAGAAUUAAUAAAGCUUCAGAACCGUGAUGCAAAUUACUCUAAUGCAAUUGCUUUGCUGCCGGAGUUGAUAAUUAAUUUGAUUUGGUCUUGACUCGUUUUCAGAGGCCACCUGGAACCUGGAUGUUUCUAAAUUUCCAUAACCAAAUUAUGAUACAGUACGUAACUGACGGUUAAUAAUCGCUCCCUAAUCGGCUGUAAUGGGACAUUGGACUAUUGGAGCUAUUUAUAUUGAAAUUUUUCUUGUCGACAUAUGAUGAAGCGUUCUCUGCGGCCUGGAACUAAGAAACCUGCGGUUCCUCCGGAAUCUGGAUUACCACAUUUUACAAGUGGUGAAGACAGUGAUGAAACCUGGCAGGAACAGGCAUCGCAGGACGAUGCUGCACAGGAUCCAGACGAAUACCCAUUAGCAAUGCCCAGCAAGAGCUCCACGGAGGAAGCUCCUAGUAAAACAGGGUUGAACAGUUUAUACGUACGUGGUGCAUCUGGUGCGGCCGGGAGUUUGGAAGUCAUCACACAGCUGUUAAACACUACGCCAUACGACCCCAUCGUCCAACUACAAGUCCCACAGCGCACAAUGGCCAACACCGCCUUCCUUAUCCUGGUGCCGGCGGAAGUGUCAUGGAAGACCCUGACCGAUGACGGACUGGGACAGUGGCAGGCCACCAAAGGUGCCAUAUCGUUUUUCAUCAAAGCCACCGUCAUUAACGGGCGCUUUCAACCGGUCUGUAUCACCCAGGAUCAGUAUGGUGAUGACAGCAGUACAUACUGUUUCCAACGGCGCUUGUACAGCAACACCUCCUAUCCACGGUAUCGCCGCCUGCUGAUGACCAGUGCCGAUCAGCGGUGCCCGUUAGCGUUUCUGCAGUAUUCUUUUCAGGAUGGUGUUGAACAGGAUUUUGAAGUCAUCCACAAGGCUAGCGCCAGGACGGGACGCUGGCGAUUCGCUGAACCUGUGAAGCGGCAGAAAACGGACAGUGAAAUAAUCGAUUCGCCGGCUCUAAGCACGCCAGUGAAACGGGCGGCCGAGUUAAAUGGUCAUUCGUUUGCUGUGAGUUUGAAUGAAGAACCUGCGGAUAUGGACGCUCCGCCUCUUUUCCCGGCGUUGUCGACGUCGAUUGCAUUACCAGCUGGAUUGGAAGAUGUUCUGAGCCAGUGCCUACAAGACGCGACGGCCACCGAUCGGUUUAUUUUGGACGUGAUGGCGGCACCGUCCACCAGAGUGUUUCUCUCCAAUCACCGGCAGCUCCACGAUGUGCAGCGUUUCUGCACCAAUCUCCACACGUAUUCCUUGUUCUGCAAAGAUGUGAUUCCAAAUAUUGGUGAUUCAGGCUUUUCGUUGCUGUUUACUCUCUAUGAGCAUUUAUUGGUGCGUGGAAAAGACGGACGGCAUCCGUAUGUGAUUGGGCCGAUGUACUUGUGCCAGACCGCAGAAUUGCCGAUAUUUUUUGAAUUUGCUGGGUUGUUGUUAAAACAUAACUUCGCUCUACAGAGUCUGAUUGCACUUGGUCCGUCGACGGAUAGCAACAUGGAUAAAGCCUUCGAGAUGGUGUUUACGCAUGCCAAACGGUAUGUGCAGCAAUCGGAACUGGAAGUAUUGGGCAUUAAAAAACUGACAGAUAUGGAAAUUAACGGCGAGGAAAAGACGAAUAUCCUGCAGAGUAUUACGCUGCUCUUCGCGAAUCCAGACUUGGAUAAGGAAAUGGAAAGCCAAGUGUAUCGUCUGAUGGAUGAAUGGCAGUCAAUGCACCAAAAUGGGACCGAUUUCGGGCAGUUUUUUCUCAGCACUGUAGUAACGCAGAUGCGGCAGAAUCUCGAACUGAAGAAACGCAGCAAUGGAUCAUCGCCGGAUGUGUACGCACAACAAGCAUGCGGUUUUGUCAAAGCGCAUAUCAAGAAAAACUUGCCUGAUAAAUGUAGUCUGGCGGAGUUGGUGCGAAAACUGCGAGAGAUUAUAUGGAAGCAAGAAAAAGACCUGGAGGCAGCGAUUAUUGGGAAGUCUGAACUGAAACUGAUUCCUCAAUAUGGUUCAUUGUUUUGCAAUGAGAAGGAUUUGUACAGCUCCGGAAUGCCGGUAUCGGAAAGGCGUGCGGUAUUGAAUAGAAUUCACACACAAAAUCUGUUGUAGGUUUGUUGUUUUUUCUUUGUUGUAGUAGAUUCGAUUUUAAUCGUUGUUGUUUUCUGGCACUCAAGGUUUUGUUUAAGAGUGGUUUCUGGUAGAAACUGUGGCAAGAAACGUUUUAAAGAUUUUUGCACUUGAGAAUCAAUUGACAGUUUGUUCGAUUUAUUGAUCAGAAGGUAUCAGACUGUUUUGAUCAG